UUAAACGCGAAUUUGAUUGGAGGUCUGGAGCUGUCAGUCAACGUGGGCGUGCACUCGGCGAACUGGAGUUAGUUUCAGAGACACUCGGGCUUCUGAGGCCGCGCUGCGACUCACUCGCUCCCCGAAACCCGCGGCACGGUACGACCUGCACAUCACUGAACUGUCCUUCACUCAUCUUUGCAUAGCAGGCUUUACCGUGGAGGCUGACGGGGAUUUAGCCAUGCGGCGCUGUUGUUAAGGGCUAGAACAAACUCUCUCGAAAACAGUGCAAGUCGUUGCUUUUUUGUUUUGUUUUUGUUUUUGUUUUUACUGAACUGGGGUCAGUGUUUACCGCUGACCCGCUUAGUCGCUUUUGGUUUUGUUAUGGCCGAGCCGUCGCAGCCACAGCUGGUUGACAUCGACCCAGAUUUCGAGCCUCUCUCCCGGCCCCGCUCAUGCACCUGGCCGCUUCCACGACCGGAGUUCAGCGAGCCGGGCGGCUCGAACACGUCGUCCCCGGCGCCUUCCGUCAAACAGGAGGCAGGGAGUGCGGACUUCGUCGGCGGUUUAAGUCUGCUGGCGGAGACGGAGGAUUACGCGGAGGACAAACCGCUCGUCCUGUGCGGUGAUUUUCACUGUACGGAAAACGGCACGCACCCGCGGCAGCAGCGACAGCGCGCGUCGCUCCAACCCGCUCAGCAGCACCCGAGCGCCCCGUUAGCGCACCAGCAACAGGCGGCGUCGCUCCCCUCCGCCGCGGCCGGACACGGCGCCGCCGCGCAGAGGAAGAGCAGCUCGUCCCGCAGGAACGCGUGGGGGAACAUGUCAUACGCCGACCUCAUCACCAAGGCGAUCGAGAGCUCCCCGGAGAAGCGCCUCACCCUGUCUCAGAUCUAUGAGUGGAUGGUGAAGAGCGUGCCUUACUUCAAGGAUAAAGGAGAUAGCAACAGCUCUGCAGGAUGGAAGAACUCGAUCAGGCACAACCUGUCUCUGCACAGCCGUUUCGUGCGCGUGCAGAACGAGGGCACGGGGAAGAGCUCCUGGUGGAUGCUGAACCCCGAGGGCGGGCGGAGCGGCAAGUCCCCCCGCCGCCGCGCUGCCUCCAUGGACAACACCGGCAAGUUUGCGAAGAGCCGCGGCCGUGCUGCCAAGAAAAAGGUGUGUCUGCAGGGUGGGUUGGACGCUGGAUCUACCAGCCCGGGCUCCCAGUACUCUAAGUGGCUCGGCAGCCCAAACUCCCACAGCAACGAUGACUUUGAGGCCUGGACCACGUUCCGGACCCGCGCCAGCUCGGACGCCAGCACGCUUAGCGGACGCCGCUCACCCUACCUGCCCGAGGAGGACCUGGCCGAGGGCGGGGAAAUCCACAUGGGCUACCCGGGGACGCCUGCCGCCAAGCUGGGCGCCACCCUGCCCAGCCUGUCAGAGGUGGCCAGCUCUCUGGGUCACCACGGACCCAAACACACCAUGAUGGAGAACCUGCUGGACAACCUGAACCUGCUGUCACCUAAGAGCAACACGCAGGCUGGCCAGGAGGGCCACACGGCUCAGGCCUCGCCGCUGGUGCACGGCAGCUCCCCCUAUGCCCCCUACAGCUCGCCCGGGCUGGGACCCCCCUCUCACACCAAGCAGGACUUCCAUAAGUGGCAGGGAGGGAUAGGUGGCUUGAGCCCCAUGGCCAUGCAGACUCUGUCAGACAGUAAGCCCGGAGGCUAUGGGUCCUUCCUGGGGCAGUAUAACUGCCCCACCGGCCUCCUCAAGGAGCUCCUCACGUCUGAUUCUGAGCCACGGGGGGACAUCUUGCCCCACCUGGAGUCAGUGGGGCCACAGGCCGAGGCGAGAGCACUGCCCACAUAUAAUGCACAGGGGCAGUUAGGGCAAGCGGGAAAAGGGAUUGCCCAUCACACACACGGUCACCCCCACUCGCACGGUCACCCACACACACACCCCCGGCCGCUGCACCCUCAGCUACCAUCCACGACGAUAGGCAUGAACGGCUGUGCCCUCUUGCCCCUGGGGCAUCCUGGUAACCAUGGCAACAUAAAGCUGUACCCUCACCAGUCCCAAGGACAAGUAGCUCACCUGGGAGGAGGAGCCAUGGCUACAGUACAACCUAAUUACUGCAGCAUCAAUGGCAACGGCUUCCAUAGACACCCUCCAGUCUCCCACCAUCACCAUCACAGCCCUCUGGAAAGGUUGCCUAGUGACCUAGAUGACAUGUCAAUUGAACGACUGGAGUGUGACAUGGAGACAGUGCUCCAUGAUACGUUAAUGGACGGUGAUGCACUGGACUUCAACUUUGACCCCAUGGCCAACCAACAGGGGUUCACACACGCAGGAGUCAAUCAGGGGGUCAAAACCUCCACACACAGCUGGGUGUCAGGAUAAACACAAACGCAUAUAUACAUACAGAGAUAUACAAACUGUGCUUUACACUGUGCAACGGAAGAGCAAAGCUACACCGUGAUGUACGAAGUUUUUUUUUUUUUUUUAAACGGCGCAUAUAGGGAACCCCGUUGCACAACUCCAGUGCGAGGUUUAUGGUAACAGCUGAUCCCUGUCUGGACAGCUGUGAUGUCACCAUCACCCUCCUGACAGGACGAUUCUCUCUGCAAGGCAGAUCCACUCAUCUCGAGUUAGAAAUGCCUAACUAAGGACCUUCUCCAUUCCUGCGCUCUCUUUUCAUCAUUCUGUCCUCCUCUCAUCUGUAGUUUCUCUCUCUUUCUCUCUCUCCUGAAUUUUCUCAUUAUUAAUACUCAAGGUGGGUUUUUCUAAGGUCAGCAACUCCUACCCAGAUGCACAUAUUAACCGUUCCAAAUAAACCUAAAACUUGCCUCCGGUCAGUUUGAAUAGGAUACGUGAUGACCAUGUUUUUAGUGUCAGAGCUGAGAUCUGGACUACCUGUCAUUACUGUAAACCUCUGAUGAGGUGGUGCCUCCAUCACAUUUAAUCUGAUUGAUUUGAUUUACAUAUACUGACAAAUAGACUGUUUUUUUAUUAUUAUAAUUAUUAUUAAUA